GCCGACGUCCAAGUCCAUCAAACCGAACCUACCUCCCGCGAUACCCACGAAAUCCGUCAUCAUGUCUUGGCUCGGUGUUCAACCCCUCAAGAAGUUCAACGCUCCCUUCUUGAAGCCAUACUGGCCUUUCUUCGCCGCCGGUGUUGUCAUUGCCUACGGUGUCAACUCCGCCCAGAACGCCAUGAUGAACUCCGCCGAGUUCAAGAACGACCCCCGCAACCCUAACGCCAAAACCGGUGGCCACUAAGAUAUUGGAAAUGGGAAAAGGGAUUUCGUCCAAGCCGGCAAGCAUAAUCGAUCCGCUCGAACGCGAGGUUAGGGCCCACGAGAUGGAACUGUAUCAUAGAAUCGCAAAAGGGGCUUAAUUGACCUAUACAACGAUCUGUACGACUUACCCACGGGUGCAGUCGGCAGCAACGAAUACGCUCAAAA